ACGUCGUUGACGACCACAACAAGACCUUGGCGAAAUUCACGAUGACAAUGUCUAUGCACUCCAUGGCCAUGGUGAUGGCAACACCUUCAAUGGCUAGAGGAUGUCAAAGGCGAUGUCAAAUGUGGUCGACGACGAUGCAUGCAAGAAGACGGUGAUGACUGCAAAUGGAGCUGAAGCGAUGGUUUUAAAGGCGCUGGGGUGGGCACAAUCGACGAGGAGGGCGGUGGUCAUCUAUGGGAGGCAACCUUGCAGACGCGAGACGGUAACAUCCAUCAACGACGAUGAUGAAGAUGGGGCGGAGGUGAUCCUGCAUGGGCAACGCAAUCCUGCGAUGGCAACGUCUACUCACACGAUGGCGAUGGCGACAACGAUGGUUCCACCGAAGGAGUUCUUCCCAGGAGGAUGGUGGGACGAACUCACUUCCAAGUACAAUUGGUUAAAGGAACAACCAUGGCCCAGCAAACCGGCGCAAGCACUCAUCGCCACGUUGAAGCCUGAGAUCCUGGAUGCGAUGAAAAGACUGGUGGGAACGAGGGACUUCCCGAAUUUCUUUUGCAUGAUCGGGUUUAGUGACAUAGCCAAUCUUAUACGGGGGCAGGCUUCCGAAACCCCGACGGUCGGUUGCACCAUCACCGGUACUCUGGCGCUGGACGACGAGGAGAUGGCAGAAAUGAACGCUGCCAUCGCCGCGAGAACUGCCACUGCCAGCCAUAACCCAGAGAAAGCCUCCUCCUCGCAAGAGCGACAGUACACUGCCUUCGCACCACUACCCUCUUUGCACUGGGUCGAACACACUGGUUCCGGGUUCAAACAGGCACUCUGGAAACUCGAUACUUUCAAUCACCUUGCACCUUUCUCGGUGAAAGCCCUUAUUUUCCUAGCCAACCUGACGGAGGAAGAGGUUGUCACGUGUAAGGCGAAUACGAUGACCGGUGCGCUCCCGUAUUGCCCUCCGGGAAAGAAGGCAUUUAACCCGACCCUCCUAACUUUUCCCUUACUAUCGGCACUAGAUCACACGAAAUGCGAAUACACCAGUCUGAUGAUGUGGCAUAAGAAGCUCAAGACAGCACCUGAGAUCGAUCUCAAGGGGCUAGAGAAUAGUUGGAAUGUCGGGAGACCAUAUCUCAGGUGCAGCGAAGGAGGCAGCAUGAUCGUGCUUCCAUCAGGGAGAUCCGCGUGGAGCAGGGAGGGGAAGGAGCAGGACCAGUUCGUGCACAUCCGAUACACCAGCAGACUUAUGGAGGCAGUCCCACUGAGAAGGAUGGUUUUGGAGGCACUCAGGCAGGUGAAGGGAGAUAGAUCGGCGGACUGGUUGGAGGAUGUAAUCAUCGGGUGGCGGUACGAUGAACCCCUGGGGGCCAAGAUCUGCAAGCCGGCGAAGGUAUUCAGGAAAUUUAGGUUGAAUGAGUGGGAGGCAGAGUAUAUUUCGGAUUAUUGCCAAUGUGGGGCGGGCAGGCAUGCGGAGUUCCUUAGCGCUGCUUCCAUCAGGUUGCUCCCCGAGGAACGCACCAUGCACGUCAUCACCAACGAUACGGAGGUAACAAACAACGGGCAGCUGCAGCUUAUGCUCAAUGCGGGUCUCAAUCAUAUCCCGCUAAGAGCGCUUGAUGAGGAGUUCACGAUCGACGAGGUCGAGCUGGCACUCGAGAAGAUACUCACCACGCGCAGGUGCGACGAGGAGCUAUCCAUGAAGGAGGAAAGGUGCGUGAAGGGUAUUGUCCUGAAGAACGCGAGACGGUGCAUCAGGAACUAUCGCACGAAGAACAUGCACAUCACGGGUGAACCUAUUAACAACGUGGCAGUGAGAAGCGAACUCGAAUGGCUGACCAGCAGAUAUCUUAUCUGCCCAACGGACAAGGCGCCGCACACCCCCACGUUCGUCUGCAUUAACUUCAUCAGGAGGUUGGCAUUGCAUCGACUCUCCGAGCCCGAUUUGACACUACUUCUAGAAGAGCCAGCGCAGGUAGUGGCGAGAUUGCUGCAAGAGGCUGCGACCACCAUUCAUGUCGGACAUGAGUUAUUACCGCUCCCGCACCUCAUGACGGUUUACCAAGCACACAAGCAGACAUUCAGGUGGAUCACAAACACUGCGGGAAUGGUACUCUCCCCCGUCGCAGGCGUAUGCGAUAGCAUGAUGAAGCUCCUCACGGAGGAUGUGCAAGCCCUCUGCGCGAGUAAGAGCGAGGAGAUUUGUAUGGAGCACGGAAUCAGACCCAACUUCUGGUGGCCGAUCUCCUCGAUAGGGGAAUUCGUGGCCAACAUCCCGAGGUACGUGUACUCCGUCUUCACGGGGGAUAUCACCAGAUAUUUCGAGACGAUACCGACGGAUGGUUCGAGCGACGGAUUGUUGGAGGCGAUCAAGUUCUUCGUCAGGUGCGCCAUGGAAUGGAAGAGGGCCAGAACGACCAGGGACGUGAUAGCGAUCAGGAUUGCGGCCAAUGGCACACCUCACCCUUAUUGGGUGGAUGGCGAUCAGGACAGGGACAGGGACAGGCUGUACUUUGACGAGCAAGGGAUCAUCGACACCUGUGAUUGGCUAAUCUCCAACAGUAUUGUGCAGAUGGGAGACAAAGUCUGGAGGCAGAUCCUCAGGAUUCCGAUGGGUUUGGCAUAUUCCCCUAUCUUCUGUGAUGUGUAUUUCUUUAAAUACGAAUGCGAACUAAUCUCUUACCUAGUCGAGAUGCAGGAUUGGGUGACGGUUAAAUGUUUCGAAGAAACCUAUAGGUACAUCGAUGAUCUGUGUUCGUUAAACAACACGAUCAUUGUCAGGAUUUUCGAAAACGGAAUCCACGGCCAGAACCCGAAUCGACGAAUCUACCCCUAUGAGUUCAUUGAGGUCAAGGAAACGACCGAGGUCAUAAUCGAUGGACAUGGGAGGGCAGCCAAUUUCCUCAACCUCUCACUAACAAUCACCUCCACACAGAGCGGCACGUACUGUACAUCAAAACAUGACAAGAAGAGGGGUCUCUCAUUCUCCCCAGUGAGAUUCAUGAGGUUCAAAUCCAAUCGCUCUAUCGCACAGUCUUUGCAGAUCCUGACCGCACAAACCGUCAUGAUUCUCAUCACCUGCUCAGACGAGCAGGAAGCCGCCCUUGAGAUCCAUGACCUUAUCCAAACCGUGGUCUCCAAUGGCUUUAGUAGGAGGGAGUGUUGGAAGGUCGUUGAUAGAGUGUUUCACAAUAGGCAGAGAUACCAGCCCGGGCGAAUGAUUGAUGAUAUGGUGAAAGCCCAUCUGAUUACUAGAUUCGGCAUGUACUGAUAUGUGUUCUGUGGUGUCUGCGAGUGUGUGUGAGGGACCGGGGGGCUGAGGGCCGGAUGGCCCGAUGCCUCCUGGCAUCCGGCUUUCUGGCCCGAAGCCCACUUACCGGUGGGACAGGGGCGGGGCACACACACACACACACACACACACACACACACACGCAUACAUACAUGCAUGAAUAACAGAGCGGCAAGACACGAAG